AUGAGUGAAAUAGUUAAAAGAAAAAAAACCCUCAUGAAACAGGAAAGUGAAAAAAAUCCAGAUGAAAUGGAAUGUAAAUUUAAAAAAAGUGUUCAACAAAAUAAUUUUUCAAUUUUAGCUUUGAAUAGUGAUUCUAACAUACAUGUUGAUAAGAUUUUUCAACUUACAACUACUUUACUAGAAGAUUUUAAUAUUAAGACACUUGAAGAAUUAGAAGAGACCUUGCGUAAUUAUGUUUUUGAAAAGCCAAUAAGUGGCCAAAUAAUUUAUAAGAUUUUAAAAAAUAUAGACCAGCUUCAAAAAUUUAACCUACAUCAUUUAAAUACCAGAUUGAUAUGUAUUUUUUUAAUAAAAUUAAUGUAUAAAAAAACAAAAGUAGAAAUAGGAAUUAAAGCGUAUGCUUAUGAAAUCCUUAUACGUAUAGAUAAAAACUAUUUUGAAGAAAUAUUUAUUUAUGAUUUACCUUAUAUUACAAAUUUUAAAGAAGUUAAGGUAAAAUUUAUUAUUGAUUUUUUUCGAAGUAGCAAAAAAGAAGAUUUAUUUCCAUUGUUAUUUAAAGAUAACAGAAUAGAUAAAUUUGAAAAGUGUAUAAACAAAAUGCUAGCUAUAGACAAUUUAGAUUUUGUUUACGCUUUUAUAAGUUAUUAUUUAAAAAAUUCAGAUUUAGAAGAAGUUGAAAAAGGAAUAGUACUAAUUUUUAAUGCUUUAAAUUUUUUACUUAAUAAAUUAGCAGAUAAAAAUAUAGAAAUUGACAAAAAGUAUGUUAAACAAAUUUUUAAUUAUUUACUCACUAAGAUGUUAAAUAGAAAAAAUACUAAAAGGUAUCAAAUAGCUGGAUUUUUACUAAAAACAAAUUUAGAAAAUAUUAUAUUUAAUAAGAAAAAGGUUUUUAAAAUUUGUAAAAAAUUGCUUGACGAUAAAUCUCUAAAAAUAUAUGAAGUAUCAAUAUUGUUGUUAAGUAUUUUUAAAAAUGAAUAUUUGGUAACUAUUUUAGAUAAUUGUGAACAAAAUGAUAAAAUUAUUAUUAUUUUAAGAUACUUAAAUAACUUAGAUAAUGCAGUAGUUUAUAAAAGAAUUUUAGAAGUUAAAAAUUCUAAACAUUUACAUGAUUUGGAUAUUCGCAUUAAUGAUCUACCAUUGUUUGCAAAAGUUUUUUACAGUUUUAACAACAAAAGUGUUAUAAAAUUUAUAAAAAUAGAUAAAAUUGUAAUAUCUGAUAUCUAUACAUUAGAUUUAGUACUUCAUUAUUCUAAAUAUUAUCCUAAUAAAAUCGAUGAAGAGUUUAUUGCAUCAUUGAUUUUAGAAGAUAGUGAAAAUAUAUUGCGUAAUAUAAAACUAAUUGAGAUUUUAAACAAUAUUUAUCAAAAUCUCAAGCUGCAAAUUAAACAAAAACUGAUUGACAAAUUUAAAGGUCUAAUAUUACAGAGUCCAUAUACAAAGUCAAUAGGAUUAUUUUUUUAUAAAAUUAACUAUCUUAUACAUAAAGAAAAUUUUAAGAGUGAUUACUAUUUAGUUAUAUAUGCUUCCAUGAAUCAUCCUGAUUUUAUAAAAUAUUUUAACGAAUUUGUUUGGUCAACAAACAAAUUUAGAUCACUUAUAUAUAUUUUACAAUAUAAUUUAGAACUUGGAAUUGUUUAUGCACAUAAACUUAAAGAAUUGCUUAAUAGUGAUAUCUAUGAAAAUCCAAAUAUAAAAUAUAAUUUACUGGAAUUUUUAAAUUUUCUUACAAACUUAUUGGAUAAGAAUUUAGAUGAUAGAUUAAUGAGUUUUUAUUAUAAAUUAAUUUUAGAUAAUAAAAAUGUAUUGUAUAAGUUUUUACAACAAAAAGAUCAAAGUAUAAAAAUUCAAACAUCCAAAUUGUUAGUAAAAUCUACCUUCGAAAAAAUUUUACUUAAAGAAGAAACUAUUCCUCGACUUGUAGUUUUCCAUAGAUACGACGAUAAUUUACAAAUAUAUUCAGAUUUAAUACGCAAUAAUAUUCUUAAUAUUUUUAAUUUAAGAAUAAAAGAAUAUAAAGCUUACAGGAAUAUUUACGAUGAAUAUUUUUUAAAAAAUAUUUUUAAAAAAGAAAAAAUAACAAUCGAAAACUUUUUUGUUGAUGAAAAUGAUUUAUGUCUUAAAUAUUUUGUUUUAUAUUUAAAUUUCAAUAUCAUUGAAUUUACAUCUGGCAGCCUCUUUUUAGGUGACCAUGAGAUUCUAGUAAGAUUUAUUAACAAAAUUAAAGAUUGUACAUUACAAGAAAAGAAUGAAAUAUUUGACAUUAUAGAUAAUUUGUAA